AAACGAUUGUAUGACGUAUGCAAUUUGUGUGUGUUUGAGUUCACGGAACUUCCGAUUGUAUCAGUUCACGGGCUAGACCCUGCCAGGCGCGUGGGCACUAUUAACAAAGGAGAAGCAAUUGAUUGCAGGAAGAUGGGAAUAAUUACACUUCUGAAUGCAAAAUGGAUAGAAGUCCUUUGUCUGUUCCAAGUUUUAUACAUGAAGUGUGUCCAUGCACAAAACUUUGUUGCUGUCGAUUCUUGCCCAAAGAACAAGAUUGAAUGGACCCAGAGAGCCACAGCUAAAAACUGCCGGAAUGCUACACCAGACUACAUGUGUGCUGCCAUACAGGACAAUCCUGGUAUACUUGGGGAAAUCUGUACCUUGAUGGGCUUGGCUAAUAAUGGAACAUGUGCUGUGCUAAGCAAAGCAACGAAAAACUUGGACUUUCUUCCUUGUAAAGCAGAGAGAGGAUGUCCUUUAAAACCUUACAAACCAUCAGAAAUGUACAGCUACCCAGUUUGUUUUGAGAACUUUUAUGGUGUAACUACGGGGUCACCCACAACACCACAGGAGGCAUCAGCAAUGUCCGUAACUGGACCCAGCAGCGACGGAGGAGGGGGUACAGCUGGAGUGGCUGUAGUUGGUACAUUGGUGGUUAUAAUUCUACUAGUGAUUGUCGUCCUGGGCAUACUACUCCUAUACCGCCGCAACAAAUUACCAGAGAGGAUGCAAAGUUUUAUAACAGAGAGAAUAGGAGAUACAAGGAUAUUGUGUUGUCAAAGUGAAGAGAGCCAUAUUGUUGAUCCUGAAGUUGCAGCUCCAAUGAUUGUUAGUACAACUGACCAAGAAGCACAUAGAGGCAAUACAACAAAGAUACAUAAACUCUUCAGAUAUGUACACCAUAUUUUGAAAAAAGAACUUGAAGUGUGUGACUUGAAGGAACAACUUAUCAUAUAUUCAGCAUCCUUGAAGGAACAUUUUAACACAACUUUGUUAAAUGGUCUGAAUAAUGUAAAACAUGCUGAGGAUUAUGAUGAUUUAGACAUGAAGGUCGUGUUUGCCUUGCUGAUGAAUUUGUGUAGCAACAUUAAGCCCCCAACAACAGGUUGGGGUUACAAGCCUCGUGAUGACGAUUUCUCUACUGGAGCUGACCUUGAGAGGAUUCGCACAAUAUGGAAUGUGUAUUGUGACAAUCACUGUAAUGAUCAACAGCUUAAUGAUGUGUAUGGAAGAAUGUUAGAGAAAUAUGGAGAAAAUCCCACUGAAGCAAAAGUUGCAAAUCCAAAUGAAGAUAAAUUCGAGGACAUUAAAAGUAAAAUUGAUGUUGUUCGUUUGAAGAGAGAUUGCAAUGUUGAAGAUGGAAUUGUUGUGACAGAGAAUAUAAAGUCAGCUCUGACACUGUUGGAGACCUCAGAUGUCAUCAUUUGUAGAGGCGCCAUUGGUUGUGGUAAAACAACUGCAAUGAGGUACAUACAGGAAAAGUACGAGGACAAAGGAUGGCGAUCAGUUUGGUUUGAGGAGUAUGUUAACGAAGAUGACCUGAGGGGAAAUGAAAUUCAGGAUACGUUGCUCUGUUGUGACAAUCUGUUUGGAACAUUCAACUGUUGUGUUUUUUCAUCCGAAUCUGUAACCAGUUUUGAAGAUGUUAUGAAAAGCAAGAGAGAAAGAUACAAAGAACACCUUAAAGUUGUAUUAGGUAUACAUCAGCAUGUCUAUGAUGAAGUCAUGAAAUUCAGUAGACCACAAAUUUUUGAAAACAAAAAAUCAGUGGUUGAGAUGGAUGCACUCCGUGAAGCAGAACUGUUAUUAAUUUGGAAAGAAUUGAAAAAAGAGGGUCACUGUGUCCGAGAUCCAAGCUGUUACUUUAAAAGCAUUGAAUUCUCCUCCGUGCUCACAAAACUGUCUCUAAACCAAGGAAGCAUUGGGAAUCCAUUCUUACUUUCUAUGUAUACUCACCACCACGAUCUGUUCGCUAAUGACAACUUCACGAAGUCUCCUGUAACAACGCUAGUGGACAAGUUUAACAGAAUGCGAGAGGAGAAUAAGGAACUUUUCUAUUCUCUUGUUUACAUUUUGUAUGUAAGAGUGCACAUAAAAGGUCAAGCGAUCCGGGACUGGGCAGGUUUGAUUGACUCAGGAUUAACAAAGAGCAGUUUAGAAAAAUGCGCUGCAAAGUUUCCUGGGUAUCUGUCUGAGGAUUAUAAUACUUUGGAACUUAAACACGAACUGCUAAAUAUAGCACUUUUUAAGGAGUGUUUUGAGAUCAAAGAAAUUUUAAGUUCACUUGUUCACCACUGUGACAAGGAAACGGUUCUUCAGGUAACAAGAAUCAAAGAAGAAUGUGACACUGAUUUUGUCAAUUGUUUGCCGUCUCCUGACACUGACGAUGAGAUGAAAGUAGAUUUGCUGAAAAAGAUUGCAGAUGCUAAAGGUGUUAAUUUCAAGAGACCAACACUUCUCCAGAGAAAAUGGAAAAAGUUCAUACACUGAGAAGAUAAUAAACGAUAUAUGCAUGUA